AUGGCAGAUGGGCUAAGAUCAGAAAAUGAAGUGAGAGGCUCUGGAAACAAAAAGCUCACAAAGUCAAAGUCUGGCCUGCGCAUAAUACCCAUUAACAACACUGAAAGAAGUCCGUUUGAGUUGAAAGAACCAACAUGGUCUCCAGACAAGGAGACCUCCGAGUGCUCCAACAGCAAGUGCGGCCUCAAGUUCGACUUCCUGAAGCGGCGCCACCACUGUCGCCGGUGCGGUCAGAUCUUCUGCGGCCAGUGCUGCCAGGCGCGCGUGAUGCUGCCCCGCAUGUGCUUCGUGGACCCAGUCCGCCAGUGCUUCCGCUGCUCGGACGUCACCACAGCGGAGAACGACUUCUUCAACAGCAGUCUGAAGCUGCUGACGCAGGGCGCCCAGUUUGACGUGACCAGCGGAGAGCAGACGGUGCUGUGCCUGGCCACGGUCAGCGCCGACCACCGCUUCCUGCGGUUCGAGCCGACCUGCGGCGACCCAGUGCCGGAGCGGGUGGAGGUGUCGCGCAUUGUGACCGCCCAGGUGACCCAGUCGACCAUCGAGUACGACUGCUCGGACGAUGGUGACGUGCCCGGCCAGACGCUGCCCGAGUCUGUGUCGGUGACGUACCGGGCAGCGGGCUCGGUGGAGCAGCGAAUGGUCCGACUCACCGCCGGACCGCACGUCAACGACUGGCGCCAGUCGGCCAACUGGAUUGUCGCCCUGCAGAGGGCGCUGCGGCUGGUGUACGAGGGCCGCGAGCCGAGUCAGCACUAGCCGGCGGGCGGCGGGACCAGCUGCGGCGGCGACACGGACGCGGGGGCUCCGGGCGGCCGCGUCGGCCCCCGACGGGAACGGCCUGUUGGGUCACCAGCUGGCUCACCUCCCACCGCGCGCGCGCGUGCGGCCGUCGGAGGCGCUGGAAGGCCGGAGUCACAAUACUGAUACUGGAGUCGCGAUUCUUCCCCGCUCUGAGGUGUGAUGGGCAUCACCAGACCCGUCGUCGGUCUCAGGGUUGGGAGGAUCGGCUGCACCGGCAUGAUAUUGGCGUGUGCUGCACCUGCCCGCUAACCGGCUCUGGACACGGAUCGAGUCGCCGCUCUUUCCGUCCGGUGUCGGCGCCAGUGUGUAACUCUUCCAGUACAACAGCGGCCGUCGUCGGGGCCGCGGGGCUGCGCCCGCCUGCCGUGCUCGGCAGGCGGGGCGCGAGUGACCCCGUUUGAUAAGGUGUGUACGUGCGUCGCUGUAAGCUCUGGAGACGCCUUGUCUCGUCGCCUCUCGCAAGAGGAGUGGCUCAUGAAAGCUAGUUGUUUUCCUUUAGAGAUGAGCAUCCGCGUAUGUAGCCGCACGGACUCCUCUGCGUGUUCGCGUGAGCCCGAACGUCUGCACGUGUAGCCGCGCGGACUCUACUGCGUUUGUCCGCGUGUGUGGCCGCAUGGACCCUACUGCUUCUGUCCGCGUGGGUCCGAACGCACGGUCCAGUCGGCGUGGCGCCUUUCGCUGAUGUCCCGGACUGGAGCUCGCCGUGCCGUGACUCGAUUCGCCGUGCCAUCCGGGAUGGUCUGUCGCUGAUCCCUUACAAGUGUGGCGAGCCCGCUGUUACCGAGUGGGCCGUCGGCGCUGUGCCGCCGCCCCGCGCCUGCGGGCAGGGGCGACCUCUGCGACUCUGCGGGCGGGGGGCGACUCUCGGUGGCCUCUGCGUCCGGCCCCGUUCCGGACGCUGCCGGCUGUGCUGUAGGUCGGGUGCCAGUGGCCGGGCGCGGCCGGUUCGCUGGACGGAGCGGGAAACCGUCUGCGGUGAGGUGGCCGCUGGGUCACGGUGCUGAGGUGGUUUGUGCUCGACCGCAGACCAAGGCGAAGGCCGCGAGGUGAGGCUGUGUGUGAACGUUGACGUUUUAUCCGGGGGACUCGGCGAGAGUCCACACGCGCGGAGCCGCACUUUGAUAACUUUGCUCUCGAGUUGAGCUGGACGAGAGUGAUGCCCUGUGCUUUGAACGGAGCGACGGGCUGCUAUGCAUUUAGAUAUUGUCGAAGCGAUGGAUGCGUAAUCUUAUUUUUACUCAGACUGGUGGUAACAAGGCCAUAUACGUGUUUCCACGCAUGUCGUUUAAACUGCAAAGAAGAACCGAAAACGUGAAUAAUACAUUUUCCAAUAAAGUGUUGGUGAGA